CCGUGUCCAGGUUUCGGUGAGGGGGCUGAGCUCAGCGGGACGUUGCGCAGUGCUCAACCGGCUGUUCCCCGGGGUCGGUGAGCGGUGGUGCAGUCAUGUGGCAGAGGAUUCUGAUUUGUUGGGCACUGUUUGCACUGUAUUCAGCGGCACCGCCUGCACACAUCAACCGCCUGGCGCUGUUCCCUGACAAGAGCGCCUGGUGCGAAGCCAAGAACAUCACACAGAUAGUCGGGCACACGGGAUGUCAGCCUCGCUCUAUUCAAAACAGAGCUUGUCUGGGCCAGUGUUUCAGCUACAGCGUCCCCAACACGUUUCCACAGUCGACCGAGUCUCUGGUGCACUGUGACUCCUGCAUGCCUGCCCAGACACAGUGGGAAGUGGUGACUCUGGAGUGCCCGGGCAGUGAAGAGUCUCCUCGUGUGGAUAAACUGGUGGAGAGGAUCUUCCACUGCAGCUGCCAGUCAUGCAGUAAGGAGGGAAGCCAGGAGGGGGCGGUGAUGCAGCUGUAUCCAGCAGACAACGUCCUGGACGCUCCGUCUUUACCUGACACCCUCAGCGGCGCUCAGUCUCACCCUCUGCCCCCUUCAGACACACACUCUCACAAGCACGCUCACGCACACACAGACCACCACACGCUACCACACACAUCAGACGGAGGGUAGGCACAGCUCUUUAUGUCCCUCUGCUCAUCUCUUCUGCCCUCUUCACUCUCCUCCACACUGCAUCCUUUGUACCACUCUGUAGUAUUGUAAAGGCACUUUGAAAAUAUGGCUUCACUUCACUGCACAUACACACACACACACACACACACACAAUCAUGCUAUCAGAUUACACUCUAGUGUAUAUAAACUCGUACAAACACACCAGCCUAUGCACUCUGUUUGUUUGCUGAUUAAACAUGCAUCCAGACACGACUAUAGUCAGUUGAUAAGCUGUAGUCUCGUUGUUUUUAAUCUGCUUUAAUGCAAUAAAUUCUAUUGUUGUGAUAA